AUGGUGCUUGGGACAGUAAAUGUAGGAAGUCUCAGUGGUAAAAGCAUGGAACUAGUCGAUCUCAUGGAGCGCAGAAGAAUCAACAUAUUAUGCAUUCAGGAAACCAAAUGGAGAGGUGAGAAGGCAAAAGAAAUCGGUAAUGGAUAUAAGUUGUUUUACUAUGGUAUGAACAACAGACGAAAUGGGGUUGGAAUCAUCUUGGACCCGGAGAUGAAGAAGAACGUAUUAGAAGUGAAUCGAAAAUCGGACAGGUUAAUGAGAGUCAAGAUACAAGUGGAAAAUACGAUUAUCAACAUUGUCAGUGCCUAUGCGUCUCAAACAGGAUGCGAGGAAGAGGAAAAGGAAGAAUUUUGGGACAAUCUCGGAUGUGUUAUACAGAAUAUACCACCAUUAGAAGUAAUGUGGGUGGGUGGUGAUUUGAAUGGACAUGGCGAAGGCAAUACAGGAUCAAGUGAGUGCAUGGGUAGGCAUGGAGUAGGUAUACGUAAUGACGACGGCGACCGUAUUGUAGACUGGGCAAAAGCAGGAGGUGAGAGUGUGGCAAAACAGCAUAGGCCCCUAGUUUACAAAAUCAAAAUUAAAACUAUCAAACCCAUAUAG